AUGCUGAUGGACUUGGAGUAUCAACGGAACCUCCAGGCACCGAAUGGUCCACCCUUGAUCUCCCCAGGCGACUUUCGGUCCCCGCGACUGUCCCGGCCUCCGCCGGUUGUUGACUACCUGCACAGGAGCCCCGAUUCUGGCGAGAUGGAGAAGACCCCGCCUAGCAUCGGAAAGCGCCGAGGCGGCAGUCGAAAAGCCUGCAACGAGUGCAAGCAGCAGAAGCUGCGAUGUGAUAUUGUCCAGACCCCCGCCGCGGCAUGCUCCCGCUGCCGUAGGCUGGGAAUUGAUUGUAAGGUCGAACAAUCUUUCAAGCGUAUCUCCAAAAGAAGGCGCAAUGCCGAGAUGGAAAAGGAGAUCGCAGACCUCCGCCGCCGUCUCGCGACGAAUGAGGAUCCUGAUGAAGUGGCAGAGCCUCAUGCACGCGACGACCAGUCGCCAUGCUCGGAAGCAGCCUUUAGCCGCCGUGACUCGACUGGCCGAGACCAGUCGAGGCCAGUAUCAGUACCAGCGGAGUCGUAUCCGUCGAUGGCAACCCCAUUAACCAUGAAGAGAGAUGGGUCCAUUCGCUCUCAGGAAGAGAAUACGCCGUGGCGGCUUGAGGAUAUCGCCCUCUCCCGGGCGCGAGUCGCACGGCUCUUCGAACAAUAUUUCAAUUAUUAUCAUCCCUUUCUUCCUCUUCUGAACCUGCCAAAGCCUCCGGAGGUCUAUUUGAGUCGAUGUCCCUUACUUGCCUGGACAAUUGUCUGUGUGGCCAGUCGUCGAUCUCCAUCCGAUCCGGGCCUCUUGACUGCUCUCUCUGGACCGUUCAGUCGACUCUUAUGGUCCACUAUUACGAGUGUUCCUCAGAAUUACCGGGUGGUCAAGGCAUUAUGUGUCCUGUGCACCUGGCCCCUGCCAACCACAAGCCAACGAACGGAUGCCACCUUUAUGCUUAGUGGCCUGAUGAUGCAGAUUGCCAUGCAGCUGGGAUUGCAUCGGCCCGUCCAGGCUGAAGAGUUCACCACAUUCCGGAUCGAGGCCCAAGGAGAAGCGUUAAAAGAUCGCCUACAUACAUGGGUGAUCUGCAAUAUCGUCGCCCAGAACGUUGCAACAGGAUAUGGCCAACCCCCUUGCACCAUUUACGACUGGGCUCUCGAACCUCCUUCUCUGAAAGAUGCCGAUUAUCGCCUCCCUGGCGAUCUGGCGGUCCGGUUACGCAUUGAGAAGUUCUGUGACCGAGUCACCAAAGCUUUGUAUAGCAGCAAGCCCGAGCCGGCUGAGUUCAUCAGUGCGGAGAAGCUCGUCAUCGUGCAGAUUCUUGAAAGUGAAUUGCGGGAGAUGGAAGUGGAGUUUGGUCGAGAGAUCUCCGCCAUCAAUAUGAUCCACCUGCGUGCCGCUGAACUGCAUCUUCGAUAUUUCGCCUUUCUGAGUUCCAAUGCACGAAAUGAUGACCUCACUAAGCUCUUCCUCGCCACCACCUCCUUCCUGGGACGCGUGCUGGAUCUGGAAACCUCCCCAGGCGAGCUGAUCGGCCACUCGACGAAUUACAUUCUUCAGAUGAUCGUGGCGGCGGCAUUCGCUCUGAUGAAGCUGCUUAAGAGCAACUUUAGCCGCCAUAUUGACUUUAAUCAUGGCAAGCUUUUGUUCAAUGGCGCCAUCUCGGCCAUACGCCGGAUCAGUGUGAUGGAUCAUGAUCGCCCGGUCCGGCUGGCGGAUAUUUUGGCUCAAAUGUGGAACGCGACCGGGCCCGAACCGGCCGAUGAGGAUGGGCUCCAACUCAAAGUUCGCUGCCGGAUGAGCAUGAGCCAUGUCUACGAUACCGUCUGGCGAUGGCGACAGCGGUUCCGACCGGUCAAGAGUCUGGAAGAGAUGCAAGCAGCCGCGGCGGCAAAUCAUGCCCUGUCAACAUCUACCGGACAUAUGGCACGGCCGCAAGAUAGCUCUCUGGGAGACCCGUCCCUGGUGCUCCCCGCCCAGUUUGACGAGAGCGGCGCCUUCUUCAGUGAGACCGGCUUCUCCGAGGUGUUUGAUUCUCUAAACUGGGUGUUUGAGGGCUUCCCUGACAGCUUUGUUGCACCCCCAGUUCUGUAG